AUGUCAGACAGCGCACAGGACGUUCUACAGGAUGCGGUAGCCGGCGCCGCCGCUGCUGCUGCCGAUGCCGCUGAUGGAUCGCUGUUUAGCACCUUUGAUAUAAUUGUUCUCGUUAUCUUAUUGGGAGGCACCAUCUGGUGGCUAUACAACUCCAAAAAGGAAAACAAAAAAGAUGAAAUUCUGCUGAGCAAAUAUUCCAUCCAGGCUGCGGGAUCCAUUCAAGUUACUGAAAAUUCUUUUAUAAACAAACUAAAGUCAUCUGGAAGAAGUUUAGUUGUAUUCUAUGGGUCUCAAACGGGUACUGGUGAGGAGUUCGCGGGACGUCUUGCCAAGGAGGGCAUACGAUACAAGAUGAAGGGUAUGGUUGCUGAUCCCGAAGAAUGUGAUAUGGAAGAACUUAUGAAACUCCAAGAAAUACCGAAUUCAUUAGCUGUGUUCUGUAUGGCAACAUAUGGUGAAGGAGAUCCCACAGACAACUCUAUGGAGUUUUAUGAAUGGAUAAAGAACGGAGAACCGGACCUAACUGGUUUAAAUUAUGCCGUGUUUGGCCUUGGCAACAAGACAUAUGAACAUUACAAUGCGGUUGCUAUAUAUCUAGAUAAACGUCUUGAAGAACUUGGCGCUACAAGAGUCUUUGAACUUGGGCUCGGAGAUGAUGACGCUAAUAUUGAAGAUGACUUUAUCACCUGGAAAGAAAAGUUCUGGCCAGCUGUAUGUGAGAAAUUCAAUAUUGAGAGCACUGGUGAAGAAGAGUUGAUUCGUCAGUUCCGUCUUGUUACUCACGGACCUGAUGACAUACAACCUAACAACAUAUUUACUGGAGAAAUUGCCAGAUUACACUCCUUACAAGUCCAGAGGCCACCUUAUGAUGCCAAGAAUCCAUUCCUUGCUCAAAUCACAGUUAAUAGAGAAUUACAUAAGGGUGGAGAUAGGUCUUGUAUCCAUGUCGAAUUGGAUAUUUCAGACUCCAAAAUGCGAUAUGAAGCAGGUGAUCAUGUGGCUGUGUACCCAAUAAAUGACUCUAACCUUGUAGAUCGUCUAGGACAAUUAACAGGGGCCAACCUUGACGAGAUCUUCUCUCUCAUCAACACUGACCAGGAAAGCAGCAAAAAGCAUCCUUUCCCUUGCCCAACCUCCUACCGUACUGCAUUAUCACACUAUGUUGAGAUUACUGCAUUGCCCCGUACUCACAUAUUAAGAGAGUUGGUUGAAUACUGUACAGAUGAAGAAGACAAAAAGAAAUUGAUGCUCAUGGCAACUAAUUCUCAAGAGGGCAAGGCCAUGUACCAAUCAUUUAUUGUAGAGGCUUGCAGAAAUAUUGUGCACAUCUUGGAAGAUGUACCAUCUUGUAAACCUCCACUGGACCACUUGUGUGAACUUUUACCUCGCCUACAACCAAGAUACUACUCCAUCUCAUCCAGUCCUAAGAUGUAUCCAGAGACAGUGCAUAUUACUGCAGUCGUUGUUCAAUAUAAAACACCUACGGGUCGCGUCAACAAAGGUGUUACGACAACAUGGUUAGCAGAUAACAAACCCGAACCCGGCAAGCCUCUUCCUCGUGUACCCGUAUUUAUCAGAAAAUCACAAUUCCGAUUACCCCUGCAAAGUCAAACCCCCAUAAUAAUGGUCGGUCCUGGUACAGGAUUAGCUCCUUUCCGUGGAUUCUUGCAAGAGCGUGCUUUCGCGCGUGCGAAUGGCAAAGAAGUGGGAGACAAUGUUCUAUACUUUGGAUGCAGACAUCGCGACCAGGAUUACAUUUAUCAAGAGGAACUUGAGAAAUACGAGCAAAAUGGUGAUGUCAAAUUGAACCUAGCAUUCUCUCGUGAUCAAAAAGAAAAAGUGUAUGUAACACAUUUACUAGAAAAAGAUAUGGAUCUCUUAUGGGAUGUCAUCGGUAAUCGUAAUGGACAUUUCUACAUUUGCGGGGACGCUAAGAAUAUGGCUGUUGACGUAAGGAAUAUUGUCUUAAAGACUAUCCAACUAAAAGGUGGACGCACAGAAGCUGAAGCUGCACAAUUUAUCAAGAAGCUUGAGUCUAUGAAGAAAUAUUCUGCUGACGUAUGGAGUUAA